AUGGCAGCAAAAAGAAAAACUCUAUCUGUUGUGGAGAAAGUGAACUUGAUUUGGGAAGUGGAGAGAAACGCAAAUGUGCCCAUAAGUGAAAUGGCUCAACAGCUGGGCCUUGCACAGUCUUUAUUGUCAGGAAUAUUGAAGAAUAAGGAGAAGAUUCUGAAUCAAGAAACACAGUGCACUUCAAAAGCAAACCAGAGAAAAAAUGUUAAAAAGUCACCGUACGAAGAAAUGGUUUCAAAGCUAAUGGAGUGGUUCAAUGGAGCAAGUGCUGAAAAUUUACCAAUCGGUGGUGCAUUGAUAAAAAAACUUGGGCUAACAUAA